CAAUACCUAAUGACCAAAGGAGAAGCGCAUUUCUCGCAAAUUGCGAAUAUCUACCUAUAAAAUACAUGUAUGCUAUGGCUCACUGCAACAAGCUCCAUGAUGUUCACUUCCUGCUUCACAAUCCUUGCGCUGCUCGCCUUCCUCUCCGGCGCCAAUGCACAAUGCGCAACGUGUCAAGAAGCGUUGUAUGUCGACGGUGUAGCGACUUAUGAGCUACUCAGCAACUACGUGAAGUCCGAAAACGGGUUCACGGAGUGUAGCUACGAGGAUAAGAAGGGUAACAAGGUGACCUGCGAGUAUAGGAAUGACGGCUUGUUAGAGGAUGGAGAUUCAAAGUAUCCGAAAUGGUCAAGGAAGGAUGAGUAUGGAUGCUAAGCAGGGUGUAAAAUGGAAAGGGCCCGACGAGACAAUCAAUAUUGAGCUGCGGAAAGAUAGGCAUAUCAAUAGAUUUCGUCUGUUACAAGAAUUCUCCUCAUGUUUGCCUUGGCCAAUUUGUAGGAAUCAAUCGCAUUGAGCAUCCCAA